AUGUUUCUAAAAAUCAAAGAACGACCAAUGAAUAUAACUGAGUCUUAUCUUUCCUAUUAUCGUCAUCGAUGGGGACUUCUUAUUAUCUUGAUCUCUGCAGUUUUCUUAUUUAUAUUUUCCAUUAUUCCUCAUAUUAUCUUUGCAACUUCAAAAUUGUCUGCUACUGAUGAUUUUCUUCUACCGCAAUCUUUACAAUGUCCACAAAAAAACAGAACUAGACUUGAAUCAGGUCUUUUACAUCUAGCACGUAGUCGAGUCAUUAUUUGUGGAAUGGUACGUGAUCGUGAAACACGAAUUCCUCGUAUUCGUCAACAAAUCGAACAGAUAACACGCUUGUUUGCUGAUUAUGCCAUUGUUAUUGUAGAGAACGAUUCAAAAGAUGGAACAAGACGUCAAUUAAUUCGCUGGGCUCAAGAUAAAAAAGUUGCUGGUCGAGUUCAUGUUAUUGGAUGUGGUAAUAAAGUUAAUGAUGAUCGUCCAUGCAACCUAUCAUUAGCUCGUACUGCACCAAAUCAUCUUCCAGAUCUAUCACGUAUUGAAAAGAUGGUUCAGCUACGAAAUAUCUACAUGAAAUAUAUCGAAGAUAACACUCAACUAUCACAAUAUGAUUAUCUUCUCGUACAAGAUUUUGAUCUGGUAACUUAUACUUAUGUUGAUGGACUUCUGUCAACUGGUUUUCAUUUCAAUACAGAUCCAACUAUCGAUGCAAUUUGUGCAAAUGGUGUUUAUAAUCAUAUACUAUUUGGUCGCAAAAAAUAUUUUGAUCCAUAUGCACACAAAGAUGAACAGAAUCAAAAGUGGAGUGUAUUGUAUAAUGAUAUAUGGUCAUCAUUUUUUAGAAUCUAUCCAUGUAAUAUCGAUUUAGUACCUGUACAAUCGUGUUUUUCUGGUGCAACUCUUUAUCGAUAUUCAAGUAUAAAAGGAAAACAUUAUCGUACUUAUCUCGAUUCAUACAAACAAGCAAUCUGUGAACAUGUUGGAUUACAUGAGACACUUAAGAAAGUCUAUUUAAAUAGUGAAAUGAUAUUAUAUAUAAUAAAAAAUGAUAUUUGA